AGAUUUGCGUGUAAAUUGUGCGUGAAAGUUGUGUGUGAAAAAUGCCUUCAGUUUAUUUUACUGUAAAGUGGAUUUUCUUGUUAUUACUUGCAGGUGGUUGUAUGAAAGAAGUGAAAUGUUUAAGAAAUGUGGUAAUGACGAUACCAGAAGCAGUGCCAAGUGGAGAAUCCGUGGUACUUCAAUGCCAUUAUGAUCUAGAAGGAGACCCUCUUUACACCGUCAAGUGGUACCGAGGGCGAAGCGAGUUCUUCCGGUCCGGU